UUCGCCUUUCCCGUCCACGGCGGAGCCAAGCCUUGCACGCACCACCGCCUCCGCACGCUGAAGAGUUCACGAGAUCGCAACCACAGAUCACUAGCACCACGGACGCCCGAGAAACGAAAGCGGCCAUGACGAUGAUGGGAGAGGGAGCGCACGCGCCGCCGUGGCAGCAGGGCCCGGUGAGCGGCGGCGUGGAGGGGGACGAGGCGUCGCUGUGCAGCCUGUUGGCGGCGCUGCGGCAUUGCAUGCCGUCCAACGAGGCGGCGGGGUUCGACGAGGACGACGAGGAGGCGGCAGCGGCGAUGGACGUGUACGCGUGCGACGAGUUCCGGAUGUACGAGUUCAAGGUGCGCCGGUGCGCACGCGGCCGGAGCCACGACUGGACGGACUGCCCCUUCGCGCACCCGGGGGAGAAGGCGAGGCGUCGGGACCCGAGGCGGUACCACUACUCUGGCGCCGCGUGCCCGGACUUCCGCAAGGGCGGGUGCAAGCGCGGCGACUCCUGCGAGUUCGCGCACGGGGUGUUCGAGUGCUGGCUCCACCCGGCGCGCUACCGGACGCAGCCAUGCAAGGACGGCACCGCGUGCCGCCGCCGCGUCUGCUUCUUCGCCCACACGCCGGACCAGCUCCGCGUGCUGCCCCCGCCGCAGCAGUCCGCGAGCCCAAGGGGCGCGGCGUUGUCGCCGCUCGCCGAGUCCUACGACGGCGCGACGCUACGCCGCCAGGCGUUCGAGAGCUACCUUACCAAGAGCGGCAUGAUGUCAUCGUCCCCGACCAGCACGCUUGUCUCGCCGCCCAGGUCGCCGCCGUCCGAGUCCCCGCCAAUGUCCCCGGACGCCGCUGGCGAGCUCCGCCGCGGCUCCUGGCCGGGGGUCGGUUCGCCCGUCAGCGACGUUCUAGCGUCGCUCCGCCAGCUUCGCCUCGGAGGCGGCUCGCCGAGGUCGGCGCCGUCCGGCGGCUCGUUCUUGGCCGGCUACCCGUUCGGGUCCCCCAAGUCUCCCGGGUUCUACAGCCUCCCGUCCACCCCGACCAGACCCUCCCCGGUGACGGUGACCACCGCCUCUGGCGCCACCAUCAUGACCGUGGAGCGGCUGAACCUCAGACUCAUCGGGGAAGAGGAGCCGGUCAUGGAGAGGGUGGAGUCCGGGAGAGCCCUCCGCGAGAAGGUGUUCGAGCGGCUCAGCAAAGAAGCUACCGUUCCUAACGACACCGCCACGGGCACCACCUCGGAAGGCCCGGCCCCCGACGUCGGCUGGGUCUCCGACCUCAUCAACUAAGCAAUCCAAGAAACCGAAUGGGAUCCAUGGUAAGUGGGAAGAGUGCAGCCGGAGGAGAAAAUCUAAGAAAAGAUCCCCAAAAAAAGAGUUAAUUUUUUCCUUGUUUUGAGAUUCUCCUAAUCCUUGCACAUAUGUUCGUCCUUCCUAUGUGAAUAUUCUUGGAUGGAUGUUGGCGGGAGGGAGGGUAGGCAGAGAAGCAAGGUGGAUUUGUUUUGGUGGUAGGAGGUGGGAGACAAGUCACCAACAAAACAAGGUAGGAAGAAAAAUAGACCAAGAAGUGUGGAGCUGUGUACAUGUACAUAGGGUGUGGGUGUGGGUGUGGGUUUGUUUCGGUGCGCGCGCGUGUGGGUGUGGGUGUGGGUUUGUUUCGGUGCGCGCGCGCGCGCGCGUGGAGGUGGAGCAUGCGAAGCGACCAUGGUGGUGAUCGAAGAGUGAAGAAGGCCGCCGGAUUCUGCUCCCACCGCCGGCAGCCCCGCCAACGCCGCCGUCUGGCCGUCGGCCUCUAAUUCCAGCGACUCCAGAAAGACGUCCUAAGUCGAUGUUUAUUUGGCGUCUCAUUAUUCCGUUGUUUAAGAUGCACCACUUAUUGCUCUGUAUUUUAUUUUGGUCGAUGUUCAUUUUGCUACCUUACCAAGAGCGGCAUGAUGUCGUCGUCCCCGACCAGCACGCUUGUCCUUAUUGAUCUACUGCCUACUAUGAAGCAUGUACCAUGUACUAUUUUUGCUGCCAAGGAAUUAAGACUGCCCUUGUAUUAAUAAUACUAGUACACUUAUUGCGAUU